ACUUGAGGAAAGUAAACAACUAAACUGAACGCACCUCUCCGUCUCAUCCUUUUAUAUGUAAACUAUAACGUUUAUGACGUUUACAUAACAAAUUACAAUUUCAUUUUCAAAUUAGCAAAACUUAUGGCCUUGAUUUGACUCCAUAUUUGCUGUCCAGCUUAUGAAUAUUAAAAGCAAAAUAAGUCAGCAGAGCAGAGCAGCUGAGAGCGUCUGACAUGGAAAGUGAAAGCCCCUGGCUGUUAUUCAGCUGCUUCAGUCUGUUCUUCUCUGCAGCAACACAGCAACGCUUCGGAAGGAAAUAAAGCGGAUUCCAUCUGGAUCCAACCUAUUGUGGAAGUCAGCCAGAAGACAUGGAAGGGAGGCACAAGAUAAUGUCCAGCGGUGUGGUUAAGGUCCAUAAAGUCACAACAGGAAAAACAUUUGGAGCAGAAAAGCAGCUGCUGAAACAAAUGAAAGAUGGGCUACAUGUGAAGUUAACAAGCCCAGAGGAGAGUGAUGUCAUCAUUGUCUUCUCUCCAAUCAGCUCUCGUGUUGGGUCAGAUGUGGAAGCAGCCAUGAGGAAGGUUUCAGAUGAUAAAAAGAUCAUUCUGGUUGUGAUGCAUCACACCCGAGAUGUCGACUACUCAACCGGUGGGAGAAGUUGGUCUGAGACCUUCAGUAAUGUUGUCCUGUAUGUUGAUGUCCUCUUCCACGAGACUGUACCAGGACUACUGAUCUGUGAUGAAAACAAGAAGGCCGUCCGCCAAAUACAGGAAUCUUUAGCUCAGUAUAAUAAUAGUGUUGGCAUUUCUGAUAACAAUGAAAACUGGUUUACACGAAAAUUACGGAAGAGACCCCUACCUGACACUCAGUCAGAAUCAGUCUCUGACAGGGGCAGCAAAGGGAAGCACAAGAUAACAUCCAGCGGUGUGGUUAAGGUCCAUAAAGUCACUACAGGAGAAACAUUUGGAGCAGAAAAGCAGCUGCUGAAACAAAUGACAGAUGGGUUACAUGUGAAGUUCACAAGCCCACAGGAGAGUGAUGUCAUCAUUGUCUUCUGUCCAAUCAGCUCUCGUGUUCGGUCAGAUGUGGAAGCAGCCAUGAGGGAGGUUUCAGAUGAUAAAAAGAUCAUUCUGGUUGUGAUGCAUCACACCCGAGAUGUUGACUACUCAACCGGUGGGAGAAGGUGGUCUGAGACCAGGAAUGUUGUCCUGCAUGUUGAUGUCCUCUUCCACGAGACUGUACCAGGACUACUGAUCUGUGAUGAAAACAAGAAGGCUGUCCGCCAAAUACAGGAUGCUUUAGGUACUCAAAGUCCCUAAGGGAGAAACAUUUGGGGCAGAUGAUGAACUGCUCAGCCAAGAUACGAAUGAGCUACAACAGGAAAGUGCAUCUGCCGGCUCCAUGGCCCCUGCCCAGGACUCUGCCGCCCCUGCCCAGGACUCUGCCGACUCUGCGGCCCCUGCCCAGGACUCCUUGAAUUCGUAUAAAUAAGAGAUGAUGUCACGUGGAGACUUUAGGUCAGGCUGGUUUCCUUACUGAGGAGUUGGGAACACUCUUACCAGGGAAACAUGUUAGUCCACCCAAUGCCAAAGAAUCUAUUCCACCUGACCAAUAACAGAAUAUUCAUACCAUUGACAGUGGACUCCAUGGUUUUUCUGGUUAUCGACCGUAUUUUCCGCACUAUAAGGCGCACGUAAAAGCCUUUAAUUUUCUC